CACCAUCGUGCUCUUAAGCAGGAGUGUGAAUCAGAAUUUUACAGUCGCUGCUGUGGUAGGGGAGUUACUGAUUUUCUGGCUGGAAAGAGUGCCCACGGAGAUGGUGAUGGCUGACGACGAGUUUCAGAAACCAUGAGAAGAUGAAAGAACUGGGGAAAAAAAUGGAGCAAGAGAUUGUUGCUGAUAUAAUAAGGGAGGUAUCUCAAGAGUCAAUUCCUUCACCUCAGGCUGUGGUUGAUCAUUUUCAGCCCAGUUUCUGUGCUCAGACUGGUGGCAGCGUGGUCUCUCCCUCCAUCAUUGGUUCUCAUGUGGGCAACAUAAACAUUAACAUCACAUCAACGAGCCGAGAAUCUGUUGGUUCAUCAAAAGAAGUGCUGACUCCUGACAGCUCUGUUCUGCAGCCCCUAAUUGAAGAUAUUACAGAAUGCCAGCAGAAACUGAAAUCUACUCUGAAGAGGAAGUUAAGUCACUUCCUCGAGGGAAUGGCGACGGAAGCGGACAAAAUCUCUCUCAAUAAAAUCUACACCGACCUCUACAUCACCGAGGGAGGAAGCGGUGAAGUUAACAAAGAGCAUGAGGUGAGACAGAUCGAGACGGCCUCCAGAAUCCAUGUGGCGCAGGAGAAAUCAAUCCACUGCAAUCACCUGUUUGUUCCUCCACCCGGACAAGAGCGCCACAGAAGAACGGUGGUCACAAGGGGAGUCGCUGGCAUCGGAAAAACGGUGUCCGUCAAUAAAUUCACUCUCGACUGGGCAGAGGAGAGAGCGAAUAAAAACCUUGAGUUUGUGUUCCCUCUCACUUUCCGAGAGCUGAACUUGAUGAGGAAGAAACCUUUCAGUCUAGUGGAGCUUCUUAGUGUCUUUUUCCCUGAAGUAAAAGACACGGGGAUCUUUACUCACCUUAAAACCAAAAUACUCUUCAUCCUGGACGGUCUGGACGAAAGUCGCUUGUCCUUGGACUUCAACAGCAGUGAAAUAAUGUCAGAUGUGACACAGCCAACCCAAAUUGCUGUGCUUCUGACAAACCUGAUCAGAGGAAGAAUGCUUCCUUGGGCGCUUGUCUGGAUCACAUCUCGCCCGGUGGCUUCCAGUCAAAUCCCUUUGGAGUACAUUGAUCUGGUGACUGAAGUUCGAGGGUUCAACAACCCCCAAAAGGACGAAUACUUCAGGAAGAAAAUAUGUGACGAGAGCUUAGCAAACCGGGUAAUCCAACAUGUGAAAUCCUGCAGGAGCCUUCACAUCAUGUGCCACAUACCGAUCUUCUGCUGGAUGGCGGCAUGUGUUCUUGAGAAGAAGUUGGUGAAGAAAGACGAUAAAGACUUGCCGGAAACGCUCACUCAGAUGUAUAUACACUUCCUGUCUUUGUACGUGAAGACCAUGAAGAAGAGACUUUCAGGAAAGAAAGAGUCAAAUGCUGAAAAGGUGAGAGAAAACCUCCUCUCUUUGGGUAAACUGGCCUUCAAAGAGCUCGAGAAAGGCCACCUGAUCUUCUACGAGAGCGACCUCAAGCUGAAUGGCAUACACGUCUCACAGGCGUCCACGUUCUCCGGAGUCUACACGCAGAUCUUCAACGAGGAGCUGGCGCUGUGUCAGGAGAAGAUGUUCUGCUUUGUGCAUCUGAGCGUUCAGGAAUUCUUUGCCGCUUUGUACGUCUUCCUCAUGUUUCACAACAACAACGAGAACGUCCUGGUGAAGAGGUCGUCCACUUCACGGCGUUUCUUGUUCAGGGAGUCAUCGGAGCUCAUCCUCUACAAAGAAGCAGUAGAAAAGGCUCUGCGGUGCAAAAGUGGACAUUUUGACAUCUUCCUGCGCUUCCUGUUGGGCUUGUCUCUGGAGUCCAAUCAGACUCUGCUGAAGCAUCUAAUGACGAGCAACAGAACACACCAAAAGACGAGAGCUCAAGUCAUUAAACACAUAAAGGAGAGGAUCAGGACCAGUCCGUCCCCAGACAGGUGCCUCAAUCUCUUCCACUGUCUGAAUGAGCUCCAGGACCACACUCUUGUGGAGGAGAUUCAGAGUUUCCUCCGCUCAGAAGGCCCUAACAAAGCCAACCUUUCACCUGCCCAGUGGGCCACUCUGGUGUUUGUGUUGCUGACUUCAGAGGAAGAGCUGAGCGUGUUUAAGCUGAGCAACUACAGCAGGUCAGAGGAAGGUCUUCUGAGGCUGCUGCCUGUGGUGAAAACAGCUCGAGUAGCAAAUCUAAAUGCAUGUAACCUCACGGUGACCUGCUGCGAAACCCUGGCCAGUGUCACCGGCUCGUCCAAGCUCCGAGAGCUGGACCUGAGCAACAACAACCUGACAGACGCAGGACUGAUGCAGCUCUCUGCUGGACUGAGGAGCAGCAAACUGGAGACACUCAGACUGGGGAGCUGCAACCUAACAGAGGGCAGCUCUGACUGCCUGGCGUCGAUCAUCAGAUCGGCCUCGUGUCAGCUCAAAGAGCUGGACCUCACUGACAAUGACCUUAAAGAUGUAGGCGUGAGAAAGUUCUGUGGUGGGAUGGGCAGUCCUCACUGCAAACUGGAAAUACUCAGUCUGUCCCUGUGCAGAGUGACAGAGGAGGGCUGCACUUUCCUGGCAUCUGCUUUGAACUCGUCCCAUCUGAGAGAGCUCGACCUGAGCUACAAUCAUCCAGGAGACUCAGGCCUGAGGCUGCUGUCCGCCCUGCUGGAGGACCCACAGUGCAGUCUGGAGAAACUCAGUGUGGAGCAGUGUGGUGAAUCCAGGAUUCAGCCAGGCCCAAAGAAAUACACCACCAUGCUCACCCUGGACCCAAACACAGCACAUAAAUUUCUUUCUCUGUUGGAGGGAAACAGAAAAGCAACACGGUGGACCAUGCAACCUCAUCCCGAUCACCCGGAGAGAUUUGACUUCUGGGCACAGGUGCUGUGCACGGAGGGACUGACUGGGCGCUGCUACUGGGAGGCAGAGUGGAACGGGAGGGUCAUCAUCGGCGUGGCCUACAGGCAGAUGCCUCGGAAGGGAGAGGGUCACGACUGCUGGUUAGGACGGAAUGACUCCUCCUGGGGCCUGAGCUGCACCAAGGACGGCUACAGGAUCUUACACAAAGACACCGACACUGCUAUACCUGCUACACCCGUCGUCUAUAAAGUGGGAGUCUACCUGGACUGGUCAGCAGGGACGCUGUCCUUUUAUAGGGUCUCCUGUGGCGUGCUGACCCUCCUCCACACCUUCCACACCACCUUCACUGAGCCAGUUUAUCCCGGGUUUCAUAUGGGCUGGGUGGACUCCACAGUGUACUUGUGCUGAGUAUCAUUUAGUCAGGCAUGUUAGCAUGUGGGGCUGCAAGGUGGUUCGGUGGUUAGCACCGUUGCCUCACAGCUAGAAGGUCG